UGAACUAUAAUGAGCUUCAGUCGUGCUAUUAUGAAUCGGUUCACUUCCGUUGUGAAAUGCGCAGGCGCCGGAGAUGCGAUCAAUCUGACAGAAGUUCUCAUGACGCCAUAGCGGGGACUGCUGGAAAAUAUCUCAGUUGUUUGAAGUGAAAAUGGCAGUGGAGAAGCGCUUGGCAUUCUCUAUUGUGCAGUUCCUGCGAGAUCAAACACACUGUGGUGCUUUGAAUUCCGAUGAGCAGGAAAGCCUUGAAGUCGCCAUACAAUGUUUGGAGACAACCUUCAAGAUCAACUCCAGUGACUGUCAUCUCGCAGCACCACAACCUCUCACUGAAAUAUUCCUCAACUCUCUCCUCAAGAAUGACCAGAAUAACCUGGUGCUACCAGAGACAUCCCCAUCACCAGAAGACACAGAAAGGGCAGAACAGUUGAAGAAUGAAGGGAACAAUCAUAUGAAAGAGGAGAACUACAGCUGUGCGGUGGAGUGUUACACAAAAGCCAUCGAUUUAGACCUCCGAAACGCUGUCUACUUCUGUAACAGGGCUGCAGCACACAGUAAACUGGGGAACUACACAGAGGCAACGGGAGACUGUGAAAGGGCCAUAGGGAUCGACCCUAGCUACAGUAAAGCCUAUGGGAGAAUGGGAUUGGCAUUGACUGCUAUGAAUAAGUACCCAGAGGCCAUCUCCUACUUUAAGAAAGCUCUGGUUUUAGAUCCAGGGAAUGACACCUACAAAUCCAACCUGAAGAUCGCUGAGCAGAAACAAAAAGAGGCAUCCAGUCCUAUGGCUACGGGACUGGGAUUUGACAUGGCCAGCCUUAUCAACAACCCUGCCUUCAUCAGCAUGGCCGCCAGUGUGAUGCAGAACCAACAAGUGCAACAGCUUAUGUCAGGGAUGAUGUCCAAUGCGGUUGGGGGUCCAGCAGCAGGAGUGGGAGGACUGUCUGACAUCUCCAGCCUGAUUGAAGCUGGUCAGCAGUUUGCCCAGCAGAUCCAGCAGCAGAACCCAGAACUGAUCGAACAGCUGAGGAACCACAUCCGCAGCCGUUCCUUCAGUGGCAGCGCUGAGGAGCACUCGUGAUCCACACAGUGUACAUUUCAAUAGAGGAAGGGCAACCAUAUGUCGUGAUUACAAUCUCUACACCCAUUCCUUAAACUCACAUCACCGGCAGAGCUGGAAUGAAGAGACAGACGGAGAUGGGGACGAUGGCACUUUACUGGGACUGUAUCUUCAGAGAGGAGGGGAGAGAUGAGAAACAGUCUACACCUUCUACAUACCUAAUAAGAAGAGAGAGUAUCCAACACAUUCUAUGUAGAUACUCAAACAGGAAAUAGAGUAUCAACCACAUUCUAGACACCCAAUUAGUUUCAAAAACAUUCCCACCAAUCAGGAGAAAGAAUAUUCAGUUCGAGACCCAAUCAAGAGACAGUCUCAACUAAUUAUUCGAAAUAUCCAACCCAGUGCACAGCAACUAUUUAAUCCUUCCUCAAUAAUGUUCCAUUCCAAAUGGAUUUCUGUGUUUUUCUAUAGUGUGUUGUAGUAGCAAUGUGGAAACCAUUUUCGUGUUCCUAUACUUUGGUAUAUUUUGUUGAUCCUCUGGUCCGCACUGAUUUCACUGAUCCAACAGAAUUGUACGUAGGAGAAUGCAGGGGUGUAUACAGUGAGGUGAAACAUUUAGAUAGAAAUUAAAUUAAUAGAGCUGAUAGGAUUCCCUAUUCUACAGUACCAGUCAAAAGUUUGGAAACACCUACUUAUUCAAGGGUUUUUCUUUAUUUUUACU